CGUGGGGAACGGAGUUGGGGCGUCAGGGGAUUUCUGCCAUUCCUCGGAAGGGGAAGGAUGGCACCUUCUCCUUUGCAGGGAAACCCAGUCAGCGAGAUUUGGGUCGAAGCAGAUGGGAGCACACUUUAUAAAGCAAGCACAGCUGGCUGCAGGGCACUGCAGGCCAGCAGGGCUUUCCCAAGUCCCUGGAGAGAGGGAGAAUCUCUGCUCCUGUAUGAGGAAAGAAAGGAGGUGGUCACUAUAACAGAGAAUGGUUUGGUUUCCUCUCCCAGAGCCAUCAGAAGGAUGAACUCUCUCCUCAUCCUCUCCGUGCUGUUUGUGUGGGGCUUGUCCCCAGCCCAGGGGAGCCUCUUAGAGCUGCACCAGAUGAUCUCAGAGGCGACAGGGAAAAAUGCUCUUCUGUAUUACGGCUUCUACGGUUGCUACUGCGGUCUGGGGGGCAAGGGGCAGCCCAAGGAUGCCACAGACAGAUGCUGCCAGCUGCAUGAUACUUGCUACAAAAACCUCCUGAAGUACCACUGCAAUGCCAAGACACGGCUCUACUGCUACAACUGGCACUAUGGCAGGCUCUCCUGCAGUCAGGGCUCCCGCUGCGCCUUCUUGUCUUGUGAGUGCGACCGCAGCCUGGCGCUGUGCCUGAGGAGAAACGCCGGGAGCUACAAGAAACUUUACCAGUUCUACCCCAACAUGCUGUGCCGGUGAUGGGAGCUGCGAUGCGGGACCGCAGCAAGCGCGGGUCGGGCCGGGAGCGCCCUUCAUCCCUGCCUGCGCUGAGAUAAACAAUGUUCAGCGUCCCCGGUCCUCUGAGAGCUGGGCUGGGCAGGGAGAGAAAUCCCCGUAAAUAGUCAACAUCUUCCCAAAACUUUCCAAGAACUCGCUCUCGGCCCCUGCGUCACCCGAGAGGGGAGAGGGGGGCUGGCCGGGGAUGGGGGCGUAGCACUCCGUGGGUUUGGGCCAGACGAGGAAUUCUGCACUUCCAGUUGGAGCUGGCGGGCUGGACGCGGAGGGAAGGCUCUCCCCGGCAGGACAGACCGACAGCAGCGAGAUCCCCGGCCCAGGUCAGAGGAAGAUGAAGGUCCUGCUGGUGCUGACGAUGCUGUUUGCCUGCAGCGUGUUCACAGCGCACGGGAAGCACCCACGCACGUUCACACCGGGACUCGAGGGAAGCACCGUAGGAAACCUGACUGCCCACGGAUGCUACAGGGGAUGGGGCACCUCGAGGGCUUCAGUGGAUCGGUACAACGCUGUCCCAGAGGGCUAACGCUGGUCCCGGGGUAACCCCGGGGCUCUGCAUCACCCCAGCAGCGCUCCCUAAAGCUUUGCAAAAUGCAGAGCGGGUGCUUGGCAGCAGCGGGAAGGAAUCAGGUUUUCGGGAAGCAAGGAAAGUGAUGCGGUGUUCAGCCCUAAUUCCAUCGCGGAGUCGGUGGGGUGGUGCCAGUGACAACCGCCUGGUCCGUGGCGUGGCACAGAGGAGGGGGACGCUCCUGAAGCCGGGAUGCGGGGCAGGGCUUGCGUGGGGAGGAGAAGGACAGAGAAGCUUCUGGGUGAUCCAGAGCGGGGGGAAGCAGAGCUGGCGGCUCGCAGAGCCUGUGCUAGCUGGGGCAGCAGCCGCGGGUGCCCAUUCCCGACGAGCCCAGGCUCUCCUCCUCCCGCAGGUGCUGCCAGCUCCGAGCCUGCUGCUAUGCCAAGCUGGCAGCGCGGCGCUGCCGCCCGGGCCCCGUGCAGCCGCUCUCUGCGCCCCGGGCAGGGAUGCCCACCUGCAGCUCCGGGACGCGGUGCCAGCGAGGCGCCUGCAGGUGCGAGCGGGCGGCGCGGCUGUGCCGGGCUCGGCUCCGCGCCCGGUGCCGGGGACGAGCCGGGCGCUGCUGAAGCAAAAACUCCUUUUUGCGAAAGCAUCUCCGCGCUGAUGGCCAAGGCACGGCGCCGGCAGCGCUUCCCAGCCCUGGCGAGUCUCAUCCUCGGGGCAUUUUGGCUUCGAGGCGAGGACAAGAACCGGGGGAGCAGCGCUGAUUUGAUGUCCAGCACAGCAAAACAAGGGAGGAGCGGACCUGCCCCUCGUCCCGAUGAGGGGAGAGAUGGAAGCGUCCCCCUCCGCAGCCUGUCCGCUCCCUCCGCUUCUUGCUUCCCAGCAAAUUCCCUCCUGUUGCUCCAAAAUAAAACCAGAGAGCCCAAA